CCGCCCCGGGUGAUUGACGGCUGGUGCGCUGCGCCGACUAGGACUGGGAGCCGCCCGGGACCCCCGCGCGCCCCCCUUGCCUCCGCCGCCGCCAAGCUCCUCACUUUCCGGCCGGGCAAAUGGGCUCCAGGCGGAGGCCUCUGGGCCGCUCCUACUCGGGCAACGGCCGCUUCUUGGCCUACAGCCCCGCCGGCGCGGGCAGCGACGGCGAGGACAACGGGCCGCUGGUGGAGAGCCGGCCCGAGCGGCGCAGCUACAUGCUCAGCGUGCGCCCGGAGAACAGCUUACCAACCAACAGAUUAUCUCCCUCCAGCUUUGGAAGGAGCACCUUCUGCACAAUUAUUGCACAGCUGACGGAGGAGACUCAACCGCUGUUUGAAACUACCCUUAAAUCUUAUGCUGUAUCUGAGGACGCGGAUGCCAAAUUCACAUGCAUUGUUACAGGAUACCCCCAACCGGAAGUGACGUGGUAUAAAGAUGACGAAGAGAUGGACAGAUACUGUGGCUUACCAAAGUAUGAGAUCUUCCGUCACGGGAACCGACACACACUGCAGUUGUACAACUGCAAAGAGAAUGACGCAGCCAUUUACCAGGCCUCGGCGAGAAACAGCAAGGGCAUUGUGUCCUGUUCGGGCGUCUUGGAGGUUGGAACCAUGACGGAGUACAAAAUUCACCAGAGGUGGUUCGCCAAGCUGAAGCGGAAGGCCGAAGCCAGGUUGCGCGAGAUAGAGCAGAGCAGAAAGCGUGAGAAGGAGAAUGUGGAGGCGGAGCAGCUGAGAAGAGUGAGCCCAGACCGGUUCCAGCGGAAGCGCCGGCUAACGGGAGAAGUGGGCAUGCGCUCUGGCACCUCCCUGUGGGACGAGGAAGUGGCCAAGGUGCAUAUUCCUGAUCUGAAGCAGAGACUCAACGAGGACAGUCACGCCAAGAGCAAAGAGUCCUCCCUGGAUGCAAAAGUCCUCUUCUCGAACAAUUUCAUCACCGGACGUCUGGAAGCAGACGUGACGACCAAUGGAGACUCUUCUCUCGAGAGUGGCGAGGAGAACGGAGAAGAGAACGGCAGUGGCUUUCUUACUUAUAUCUACGAGACGGUGGAGAUUAUGACCAGCAAGCCUACCAACAAGGAAUUCGCUGCUAAGAAGAAGAAGAAAGAGGAGAACGCCAUCGACUUGCCAAACACUAAACAAGACGUUUCCCGGCCAGAAGACAGGAUGCAACUGAGGAGAACCAUCAGGAGUCAGAAGAAUGCUGAGCCCGUGCUGACAUCUGAACGCACACCCUCAGCAACGGCAAACGGGGAACUGAUGGAAACGGAGUCCAAAGGGGUCCCAAGUCAGGUUAUGGGAAGUCCAGCACACCUGCAUUCCAAUACCGAGGUGUACUUUUCCCUGAAAGACAUGUAUUUCGACAUUGGAGCCAAGUGUGAAACAGAGCAGGAGGUGCCAGAGAAAAAAGGGGGCGGAAUGGAUAUUUACCAGCCAACCCCAGAUGUUUCCAGCACGAAAGAGACUCUUCCGGUUUGGACAAGGACUGUGCAGGAAGAAAAGUCAACUGAGCAGGAAGCGAAGGGAAAGGAGGCCCUGGAGACUGCAGUGACUGAAACAGCUAAGGACUUUAAUGUGGAACUGACCCAGUAUCCUAAGUGGACCACAGAGCCCACGCCAGAGGUGGAACCUGCACUUCACGUGGCUGAAAUCCCAGGCAAAACAACCUUGGAAACAGAACCUCAACCUCCCAGCUGGGAGUCAGAGGCUGGCCUGGAGAUACAACCUUCCCUCACUCAAGGAAACGGAGGGGAGACAUCUGAAGGCAACAUCCGAGAAACGGACUUACUGGAUUCCCUCCCCAUCUAUGAUAUCCCGCAGCCCCAGGAUGCUGCAGAGCCACACGUGGAUUGGUUGUCACAGGAAGCAACGGGAGACUCGCCAUGGGCCUCUGCGGAAGAGCAGCUGCCCAGCAAAGGGCCUUAUGAGACUCCUGAAAAUUUGAAGACCACCUUUUUCACUGCCUAUGAUACUCCGCAACCUCCAGCUUCAGGAUUUAUCCAAGAAACUAAUCAGAUAUCUGCCUACUUCUCGUUAAAGGAAGACUCCCCCGUAGAGCCAGAGACCAAAUGGGUCAAGGAGAAGUCCAGCCGCAGCCCAGAAACCCAAGAGCCAAGCAUGGAGGUGGUAAGCCAAGAAGGUAAACAGUAUAGCUGGGGGACUUCCUUGAAUCCCCCGGCUGUUUCCCUUGAUCUUGCGCCACCCAUUGGGGAGGAGCCCCUGCUUUUGGAAGAAGAGGUGGAGAAGGUCUCCUCAAUUUUUGAUAUUGAUGAAAAUCAGCACAGGCUAUCUCCAGAUCAUGGAACUGAAGAGAUGGUCCCUGCUGGAUUUCCACCCCAGAGAGCUGAUCUCGAGACAGGUCCGAUGUGUUGCUUGGACCGAGGAGCACCUCAGACUGAAGCAGAAGUCAGUGUGAAGCAAGAAGAGGCACUGGAGUCAUUGCAGGAUGACAGACCUGACCUGAAAAUGGAUUUGGGGCUUGAGGUGGAAAGGACAGUAACAGCAAGACCUCUUCUGAUUCCGGAGGCUUCCGUAGAACUUCCCGUUCCCUACGAAAGCAUUCCGGAAAAGCCACCUCCAAAUCCCGCUAUGGUGAUGCCUCCAGUGUUUCAUGGAUCUUCUGGGUCAUCUCUGCUUUCUCCUGCUGAAGAAGACCUUGCUGAGAGGAACCAAUCAGUGGCCUCUUUGCUGAGGGACGUGAAGAGAGAUAUGGACCCUUGGCAACCAGCAAGGCCUCCACUUUCAGAACCAGCCCAGCAGGCUGAUAGGAUGGUCCGAGAGGGGGAACAUGCUAAGGAAGUGCUCUCAGCUCCUCAGAGCAGCAAAGAGGAUGAGCAGGAGUCCUUAGCGCUUGGCCAAAAGCUGGAGAUGGGUGAUAAGGAAGAGAAGAGAACAGCCUCAAGCACUUUGUUUUCACAGGAUUUGCCACAGCCCGAGAAUGCUAUGGAGGAGGAUCAAAACCCGGAGAAGAAACAGCAGAAAAACCUGGUGACUUCCCUGAAAAAUUAUUUGCUCCUGCUCUUGAAGAUGACCUCAGAGCCAGAGAAAAGCACAGAGAGCCCAAAGCAGGAAGCCAAGGUGGUGGAGGAAAGGGCUCCACCCUCUGCUCUCCCAAGGCACGUCACAGAUACGGGUAUUGCCGGGUUAACCCCCAGAACUUCAAGGAAGAUCUUUGAGCGGGUUGAAACCAACCAGCUCUUUCAGAGUGCAGAGAGCCUGCAGCUGACCCCCAAGACUUCCAGGAGGCUCACAGGAAUGAUCAAUCAGGAGUUGCUUGCUUGCCAAGAGAGACUGAUGGCUGAAUCAAAGGUGCCUCCAUUGCCCUGUGUUCCCUCAAUCGUGGUAGGGAACAUUUCCGGCGAGCCAACGGGGCUUCCCGAACUGCCUCCAGAGGUUCCUGGUGAGGCACCAGCAGCCCUGCCUAGCGCUACCCCCCAGGAGCUGGCGCUGGGAGCGCGCCGUAAAAUAUUCCUGCCCAAAGCCAAGCCGGGUGAUGAGAUGGAAGGGCUAGUCCCAGACAGCCAGGCGCAUGCCAAAAAGGACAGCCCCACCGUGUCCCCGCAGCAGAGCCGAAGGAAUGCGGCUCUUCUGCAAACUCCAGUCCCAUCUCCGUCUCCUCCCAUGGAGAGGCGUUCCCCAACCCUUGCCAGAAAGAUGGCAACGCUAGAAGUGCCAAAGAUGUACGAGGAGACUACUGAAGAGAGUAAGACUGUGGCAGACAGUGUCCUGGGAGUCCCAGAGAAAUGUGAAGAGGCUGGCCUGGAAGGGCAGUCAGGAGAAUCCCGGAGAGCAAACGACCCAUUUAAAGCCCCGCAGGUGAUCCGUAAGAUCCGAGCAGAGCAGUUCUCAGAUGCUUCGGGGAACCUGAAACUUUGGUGUCAGUUCUUCAACGUGCUGAGCGACUCGAAGCUGACCUGGUAUAAAGAUGAGAUUCCUGUGACGGAAACCAGAAGGAGCUCCGGGGAUGAAGGGCAGGCAGCCCUGGCCAUCGUGCAGGUGUCCCUGAAGGACUGCGGCGUCUACCAGUGCACCAUCCAGAACGAAUACGGCACCGACUCCACCGAUUUCCUGCUGAGCGCUGAAGUGCUGUCAGGAUUUCUCUCCAAAGAAGAAAUAGAAGCUGGUGAAGAGAUCGAGAUGACACCCAUGGUGUUUGCCAAAGGCCUAGCCGACUCUGGCUUCUGGGGGGACAAGCUCUUUGGCCGGAUCAUGGUGGAGGACCUAGAAGUGGGCCAAGGCUUCCUGCGCAAGGCUUGCCGUGCUCGGGCCAUUUACGGUCUCGAGCCAGUCUUUGAGUCCGGGCACACAGGCAUCAUCAAAGUCCGCAACCUCAUUGCCUUCGGUGGGCGCAGCGAGAACACACUCAUGGAGCGGAACUAUGACAUCACCAUCCAGGAGUGCAAGAUCCAGAAUUCGAGCCGGGAAUACUGCAAAAUCUUUGCCGCAGAGGCCCGAGCCGUCCCUGCCUUCGGGCCGGUGCCUGAAAUAAUCCCCGUCUACCUGAUCUACCGCCCGGCUAACAAUAUUCCCUACGCCACCAUGGAGGAGGACCUGCCUGGCCUAUUCGAACGCUUCUGCGGGCGAGAGCGAGACGGCAGCCUGGCACCAGCCAGUGCCUCUGAGGUUGGACACAAGUGCGCCACCUUCCAGCACUGGCUCUAUCAGUGGACAAACGGCAACAUCCUGGUGACGGACUUGGAAGGUGUCGGGUGGAAGGUCACCAAUGUGAGGAUUGCUACCAAAACGAAAGGGUACCAAGGCCUGAAGGACAGCUGUUGCCCAGCCUUGCUGGAACAUUUUGCCACCUCCCACCGCUGCAACCAUUACUGUGAGCUUCUGGCCUUGAAGAGCCUCGAAACCCCACAGCCACCGCCCAGAGUCAAAGGCUCCCGGAGCCCCAUCUCCAGCAGGAAAGCGCCGUCCACCCAGUCCAGCCCCCAGCUCCAGAAGAAAGGCCUGAGUAGCCCCCAGGCCCCCCGGAAGGGUUCAGUAAGCCCCAAGAACACCCGCAAAUGCCCUGAGGUGGCAGAAUCGCACCCGCCAGCGAGGCCCAAAGCAGGGGACAGCGGCAAAUCCGGCCGGCUGCAGUGAAGGCAAGGGGGGCCUUCACGGAUGCGUGUUGCAUGUGCCCGGGGAGAGGACAUGGUGGCCACUGCCAUGCCCUCCUGUGGCCCCUUCCCGCCAAUGUGUGAGGCCUGUGUGUGGUGUUUGAGGGAAGGAGCCACGCUGUGCCCUGAAGAGGGCCCUGUCUGGGCACAGCCCUCCAGGUGUCUUUUUAAGGGCUCCAGAGAAAAGACAAAGAUGGACUGUGAACCCAGCUGUUCUGGACCCUGCAAGCCUCAGGUAUUUUCUUGGCCACGACACUACCCCGUGGCAGAUGUCAAGAGUUGUCCUGUCACAGGCUGUUCUUGUGGAUCCCGAUGGGAGGCAUUCACAGGCAGAACCUUUGUACGUGGAUCUCUCGCGGGAAAGCCGACGGGGGCCUGCAUUGCAUCCGUUCCCAGCAAUCCUCAUUCCCUUCACCAGUUCCUCCCAAUUCGCGUGGGCCACGACCCACAGGGAGAGCCCUUUGCCCUCUUCCUCUCUUUGCCCCACAUGCUUCACUCAGCCCACUUGGCAAAGGUCCCGGCCAACACAAGAGGAGACGGUUUUUCGUGGUUGGGGGUGGGCGGGAGAGGUCUCGACCAGGCCAAUGCCAGUGGUGGAUGUAGCGGUGGCCUGCCUUGUUGUCAGCACUUUUGGGCGAUUAAAACAUCACGCAGUUCUGCA